AUGGGCGACAUUUCUGCGGCAGUAGGUACGGCUGUUGGAAUUCCAAUUGGCGUGGGCGUAACAAUAGCUUUGAUAUUUUGGUGCAUUUUGCAACAUCGUUAUAGGAAAGAAGCAGCUCGAGAUGGAGAUUUGGAAAAGAUUAUGGCAGCAGAAGUGGCUGUGUCCGUAUAUGAAAGCUUCAAAUUAGAAAUGAGCAGUUCAAGCGAGACAUCUACGAUAAAUGAAAAGAAAAGCGAAGAAGAUCUCAAGCCCUGCCAGGCUAAACCUGCCAAAAAUGGAUAUACACCGGCGUAUAGGCGACAAUUGAAUGCAAAUAUGGGGAGCAUGUGUAAAAAACCGCAGGGAGCCGCUUAUGUCAAUGUCCCUGUCAUUUUCAGCGGUGAGAAGAUGAAUCAUGGGAUGGUCAGAGACUCAUCGGAUAGAUUCAUGUACCCGUUAACUUUGACGCGCAAGAACACUCCUAGUGGUCGAGCUACGCCCACAACAAACUCAAUCUCAAACACGAUCAAUACCAAUCUGCGCGAAGAGGACAAUUUGGACGACCCAUAUGAGAACGAGUUUACAAAUUAUGUUGCGAAUAAAAGAGAAUUUAUCGACAGUUUAAGGCCAAAUUGA